CACAAAUACGAAAAGUUCCCUCCAACGCAGACGCUCGGAAGUAUAUCGCAGUAGGAAACCAAAUCUCCGGGUGAUUAUGCCGAUGAGAUUGUGAUCUCCGUGACCCGCCUCAAAACCCUCAUUUUGAUUCUUGUGCUCAACAGCUCCCGAUCAUUCUCUCCCUUCUCUCCGAUCGUCGUCGCAGUCUAUCCCUUUCACUCUCUUCAGUUUUGGUUUCGGUCUUUCUCCGGAGAUUCAAUCUCUGCGCCGGAGAGAGAUGACAAUGCAAACAACAGACGCCACUCCUCCCCCUAGUGCCCAAAUUGUGGGGAAUGCGUUUGUGGAGCAGUAUUACCUCAUUCUUCAUCAGUCUCCUGAACUGGUGUUCAGGUUUUAUCAGGAUUCAAGCGUAUUAAGUCGGCCAGGACAAGAUGGUGUGAUGACAUCGGUUACAACCAUGCAAGGCAUUAAUGAAAAAAUUCUCUCUUUCGGCUACAAGAACUACAAGGCAGAGAUAGUGACUGCUGAUUCACAAUAUUCAUACAAAGAUGGUGUUGUGGUUUUUGUUACUGGUAGUUUAACUGGGAAAGAUGAUGUGAGAAGGAAAUUUGCUCAGUCAUUCUUUCUAGCCCCACAAGACAAAGGAUUCUUUGUCUUAAAUGACGUAUUUAGAUACGUGGAUGAAAAUGAACCAUUAUCUGUUGAUUCUGUGGUGGUUGAAGAUGUUAAUGAAGAAGCUUCUGCAGUUCCUUUGACCCCAGAUCGAGCUGCUUCGCCGGAGAAAAAUGCUGAGAAUGGAGAGAGGAUUUGUGAGACAGUGAACAAGGAGGAUGGAACAAUUUCUGAAAAGGAGGUGGCCGCUGAGCCACCUGUUAAUCCUUCUCCAGUAUCCGUGUCAGCUUCUUUGAAUGUUGAGGGGGAUACUCCAAAGAAAUCUUAUGCCUCAAUAGUAAGAAAUAUGAAGGAGAAUACCACGACUUCUCCUGUCUAUGUACGUACUAGCACAGCAAAGGUUGCACAUGCUAAAACUGAAGAGCAACAGGCUAAAACUGAAGAGCAACAUUCACCUGUUACAUCCACUGCAACACUCGUGGCAUCAGCCCCUCUGAGCAAUGGUGCACCACAGAGUAGCAAUGAUUAUGAAGAUGUUAAGGGUCGAUCAAUUUAUAUCUCAAAUUUGCCUUUAAAUGUAACGGCUGAACAAGUUGAAAGGAUCUUCAAGAAAUUUGGACCUGUUAAAGAUGGUGGUGUGCAAGUUAGAAGUUUUAAGCAACAGGGUCACUGUUUCGGCUUUGUAGAAUUUGAAUCUUCAAGUUCUGUGCAUGGUGCAAUUGAGGCAUCUCCUAUUACGAUCGGUGUUCAUCAAGCUACCGUUGAGCACAAGAAAACUUCUGGCAAUGGUAGAGGAAGGUUUCUUCCUGCAAGAGGGGGCUUCAGAAAUGAUGGUUUCAGAAGCGACAACUUCAGAAAUGACAGUUACAGAAGUGACUUCAGAAAUGACAGUUUCCGAAGCGACAAUUUCAGGGGUCGUGGUAACUUUGUUGGAGGCCGUGGCUAUGGUAGAAACGAGUUUGUCAUUAGGGGUGAGUUUGCAGGACGAGCAAGGGGAUCUGCAGGGCGCAACGGAGAGACUUACCAGCGGGUUUAUCAGAAUGGAAAUGGAAGAGUUGGAGGCCAGGGUGAAAUGAAGCAGACUGCCGCUGCUUACUCUUGAAACAUUUAUUGAAAGCUAUUUUAUCCGCUAUUUUGGUUAGCUUUUUUGCCCCAUAGAAGUUAGUUGGUGGCACUUUUCUUUUUCUUAGAAGUUACAUUGAAUUAUUUUUGGUAGAGUUUUCAUUUAGGAAAAAUAUUUUUUAAAAACGAAAUGAUCAUCAAGGAAACAUGUAAUUAAUUUUUUCCUUUAAUUUGUGCCUUAAACCGCACUACAAAAUUUUCAUAAUUUGAAGUUAGGUUUGCUGAAUCUACCAUGUGUGUAUUCUGUUUUGGCUUUGAAAAUCAGAUGACAGCUAUAUCAUUCAGGGCAUGCUGUAGGCAUGGUCAUGCUGUAGACAUGGUUAAAGCCAUACCCCAUUUGCACACAAGGUUGCAUAUGAUCUCAUCUUCAUGGCUAUCUGCACGUGUACUGUUUCCUUGUUUAAUCUGAUUCCUGAAUGGUAGUGUUCUGAUUUUAGGGUUUUGUUCUGUUAUUUUUAUAUUAAAUUUUGACUUGAAAGAGUGUAAUAUUUUUUGUUGCAUACUGGUUGGUCUGAAACUCCAAUGAGCUAUAAACAUGGUAGCACAUGGUGCUAUUGGGCCUGUAAUGGAAUUGCUUUGGUAAAU